GCAGCAGGACCUGUACCGCGUGCUGAAGGCAUACACCGUGCUGCGGCCCCACGAGGGAUACUGCCAGGCCCAGGCGCCCGUGGCCGCCGUCCUGCUCAUGCACAUGCCCGCUGAGGCGGCGUUCUGGUGCUUGGUGCAGAUCUGUGACCGCUACCUGCCGGGCUACUACAGCGCCGGGCUGGAGGCGGUGCAGCUGGACGGGGAAGUGUUCGGGGCCCUCCUGCGCCGCGUGGCCCCCGCCGCCCACCGGCACCUGCGGCGUCACCGCGUGGAGCCGGCGCUCUACCUGACCGAGUGGUUCAUGUGCAUCUUCGCCCGCAGCCUGCCCUGGGCCGCCGUGCUGCGCGUCUGGGACAUGUUCUUCUGCGAAGCUGUCUUUGAUUGACAGCCGGCUCCGGGUGACACUCCGUCAGAUUGACCGCUCUGACUGAAAAAACCCACAGCGCCGUCGGUUGGCGGCGGCGGGGUUGACGGGCAGCCGCGUCCGAUUGACAGCCCAAUGUGAUUGACAGCUACAUCUUGAUGAUGACUCCGGUUGACGGCCCUGUCCGAUUGACACCUGUGUCCGAUUGACAGCCGUGUCUGAUUGACAGCCCCAUCUGAUUGACAGCCCCGUCUGAUUGACAGCUUCAUCUUGCCGAUAACUCCAAUUGAUGGCCCUGUCCGAUUGACACCUCUGUCCCAUUGACCCCUCUGUCCAAUUGACAGCCCAAUGUGAUUGAUUGACAGCUUCACCUUGAUGAUGACUCCGGUUGACGGCCCUGUCCGAUUGAUGGCCCUGUCCGAUUGACACCUCUGUCCCAUUGACAGCCCCAUCUGAUUGACAAUGUCAUCUUGAUGAUGACUCUGAUUGACGGCCCUGUCCUAUUAACACCUCUGUCCGAUUGACAGCCCCAUCUGAUUGACAGCCCCAUCUGAUUGACAGCUUCACCUUGAUGAUGACUCUGAUUGACAGCCCUGUCUGAUUGACACCUCUGUCCGAUUGACAACUGCGUCCGAUUGACAGCCCCGUCUGAUUGACAGCUUCAUCUCAUUGAUGACUCCGAUUGAUGGCCCUGUCUGAUUGACAGCUCUGUCCGAUUGACAGCCCAAUGUGAUUGACAGCUUCACCUUGAUGAUGACUCCGAUUGAUGGCCCUGUCCGAUUGACACCUCUGUCCGAUUGACACCUCUGUCCGAUUGACAGCCCCAUCUGAUUGAUUGACAGCCCCAUCUGAUUGACAGCCCCAUCUGAUUGACAGCUUCAUCUUGCUGAUAACUCCGGUUGACGGCCCUGUCCGAUUGACAGCUCUGUCUGAUUGACAGCCCCAUUUGAUUGACAGCCCCAUCUGAUUGACAGCCCCGUCUGAUUGACAGCUACAUCAUGCUGAUAACUCCGGUUGACAGCUCUGUCUGAUUGACAGCUGAGUCCGAUUGACAGCCCCUUCUGAUUGACAGCCCCAUCUGAUUGACAGCUUCACCUUGAUGAUGACUCCGAUUGACACCUCUGUCCGAUUGACACCUCUGUCUGAUUGACAGCCCCGUCUGAUUGACAGCCCCAUCUGAUUGACAGCUUCCCCUUGAUGAUGACUCCGAUUGACGGCCCUGUCCGAUUGACACCUCUGUCCCAUUGACAGCCCCAUCUGAUUGACAGCCCCGUCUGAUUGACAGCUUCAUCUUGAUGAUGACUCCGGUUGACAGCCCUGUCCGACUGACACCUCUGUCCGAUUGACAGCCCAAUGUGAUUGACAAUGUCAUCUUGAUGAUGACUCCGAUUGACGGCCCUGUCCGAUUGACACCUCUGUCCCAUUGACAACUGCAUCUGAUUCACAGCCCCAUCUGAUUGACAGCUUCAUCUUGCUGAUAACUCCGGUUGACACCUGUGUCCAAUUGACAGCUCUGUCCGAUUGACAGCCCCAUCUGAUUGACAGCUUCACCUUGAUGAUGACUCUGAUUGAUGGCCCUGUCCAAUUAACACCUCUGUCCGAUUGACAGCUCCAUCUGAUUGACAGCUUCAUCUUGCUGAUAACUCCGGUUGACAGCCCUGUCCGAUUGACAGCUCAAUGUGAUUGACAGCUUCAUCUUGCUGAUAACUCCAGUUGACACCUGUGUCCGAUUGACAGCUCUGUUCGAUUGACAGCCCCAUCUGAU